AUGACCACCAAAUCAACCCCCUCUUCUCUCUCUGUGAAUUGUCUUGUAGCACAAACGGAGAAAUCUAUGGACAUUGUCGUGAACGAUGACUUGAGUUGUCGCUUUCUUGAAGGGUUUAAUACGAGGGAUGCCCUCUGUAAAAAGAUCAGUAUGAAUACGUGUGACGAAGGUGAUCCGUUUUUUGUUGCCGAUCUCGGGGACAUUGUAAGGAAGCACGAAACAUGGAAAAAAUGCCUUCCCCGCGUCACGCCGUUUUACGCGGUCAAAUGCAACGAUGACUGGCGCGUACUUGGAACGCUGGCGGCUCUCGGCACGGGAUUUGAUUGUGCUAGCAACACUGAGAUACAACGUGUGAGAGGCAUUGGUGUGCCACCGGAAAAAAUAAUAUAUGCGAACCCUUGUAAACAAAAUUCACACAUACGGUACGCGCGUGAUAGCGGCGUUGAUGUCAUGACAUUUGAUUGCGUGGAUGAACUGGAAAAGGUCGCUAAAACGCAUCCAAAGGCAAAGAUGGUAUUAAGAAUUUCUACGGAUGAUUCGUUGGCUCGAUGCCGUCUCAGUGUGAAGUUUGGUGCAAAGGUGGAAGACUGUAGGUUUAUCUUGGAGCAGGCAAAGAAACUGAAUAUCGACGUCACUGGUGUGAGUUUUCACGUGGGAAGCGGAUCUACAGAUGCCUCUACCUUCGCUCAAGCCAUAUCUGACUCCCGUUUCGUUUUCGACAUGGGUACUGAGCUUGGGUUCAAUAUGCACAUUCUUGAUAUCGGUGGUGGGUUUCCAGGGACGAGGGAUGCACCACUUAAAUUUGAAGAGAUUGCUGGUGUCAUCAACAAUGCGCUGGAAAAACAUUUUCCACCUGACCUCAAGCUUACCAUUGUUGCCGAGCCGGGAAGGUACUACGUUGCUUCAGCUUUCACACUUGCCGUAAAUGUUAUUGCCAAGAAGGUGACACCAGGGGUUCAGACCGACGUCGGUGCCCAUGCUGAAUCAAACGCACAGAGUUUUAUGUAUUAUGUGAAUGAUGGCGUGUAUGGUUCAUUUAAUUGCAUCCUGUAUGACCACGCAGUCGUCAGGCCUUUGCCCCAGAGGGAGCCAAUCCCCAAUGAAAAGCUCUAUCCCUCAAGUGUAUGGGGUCCCACAUGUGAUGGUCUUGAUCAGAUAGUUGAACGAUACUAUCUUCCCGAGAUGCAAGUGGGGGAAUGGCUGCUCUUUGAGGAUAUGGGUGCCUACACGGUCGUAGGAACUUCUUCCUUUAAUGGAUUCCAGAGUCCGACUAUUUACUAUGUAGUCUCCGGGCUACCAGACCAUGUUGUCCGGGAGUUGAAAAGUCAAAAAUCAUAA